ACUCCCUGAUGGAUGUCCCUCAAUCUCCAUAUUCCCUUGGAGACUUCUGAGGAAGGAAUUCCCUCGUGGAUAUCCUAUAAUCCCGAUAUUCCCUUGGAGCUCCAUGACGGAGGAAUUCCCUCCUGGAAAUCCUUUAAUCCCACUGCCAUAUCCCAGGUUCCUUGGAGCUCCCUGAGGAAGGAAUUCCCUCAUGGAUGUCCCUUAAUUCCCAUAUUCCCUUGGAGCUCCGUGAGGGAGGAAUUCCCUCCUGGAGCUUCCCAAAUCCCACUGUUCCCUUGGAGAUUUCUGAGGGAGGAAUUCCCUCGCAGAGAUCCCUAAAUCCCCUUUUCCCUCAGUGUGUCCCAAAUCCUAUCCCUGCAGCCUCUUUGCUUUAUUCCCUCUGUGCUCACUCUUCCCUCGUUUUUCUUUUUUUUCCCAUUUUUUGCCCUAUUUUUAUCCUGCCAUUGCUCCAAAUCCACGGAAAAGCUCUGCAGACGGAACCAGCUCUGACAAGAGGAAAAAGCAUCCAUAGGGCGAUUCCCAGCUAUCCCAAAAAACCAUGGAAAACCCAAAUUAUCCCAACACUUAUUCCCCCUCAAUUUCCCCAUGAUUUCCCACACUUUUAAAGCCUCAAAUCCCAUUUUUAGCGGGGAUUUUUUUGGGAUUAUUUUUUCCAAAUUCCUUGGCUCAGCCAGGAAUUUUUUGCAGCCUGCAUGGACAGAGCAACCUUUGCCUGUUCCACCGCUUUUUUCCGGGAUUUUGGGAAUUCUUCUCCGGGUGCUCUUCCCGGGGGCCACGUGGAUUUUAUUGACAAAGCCGAUUCUUUCACUUAUUCCGAUUUUUUCCGGGAUUAUCUCAUUCCCAACCAUCCCUGCAUUUUCUCGGCCAAGUUCACCGAGGAUUGGGGCAGCAGGAAAAAUUGGGUGACGUGGGAUGGGAAACCCAACUUUGAGCAUCUCCUGCAGAAGUUUGGAGAAGCCGUGGUGCCCGUUGCCAACUGCGAUGUCAAGGAAUACAAUUCCAACCCCAAGGAGCAGCUGCCCUUCAAGGAAUACGUGGAAUAUUGGCGGGAAUACAUCAGGAACGGCUACAGCUCCUCCCGGGGCUGCCUCUACCUCAAGGACUGGCACCUGAGCAGAGCUUUUCCAGAGCAGGAUGUUUACACCACUCCCGUGUAUUUUUCCUCGGAUUGGCUCAACGAAUAUUGGGAUGCCGUGGCCGUGGAUGAUUUUAGGUUCGUCUACAUGGGACCCAAGGGAUCCUGGACACCGUUCCACGCCGACGUCUUCCGCUCCUACAGCUGGUCAGCCAACAUCUGUGGCAGGAAGAAAUGGCUCCUGUAUCCCGCGGGACAGGAGGAAUUCCUGAAGGAUCGCCACGGGAAUCUCCCCUUCGACGUGACGGCUCCGGAUCUUCGGGAUAAGAGGAUUUAUCCGCGCUACAGCCAGAGCCAGCCCCCUCUGGAAAUUCUCCAGGAAGCCGGAGAGAUCGUCUUCAUUCCCAGUGGAUGGCACCACCAGGUUUAUAACCUGGAAGACACCAUCUCCAUCAACCACAACUGGGUCAACGGCUGCAACGUGGCCGUCAUGUGGUGCUUCCUGCAGGAUGAGCUGGCGGCCGUCCAGAGGGAAAUCAGCCAAUGGAAAGAUCCCAUGGACGAUUGGCACCUCCAGUGCCAGCUGAUCAUGAAAUCCUGCACGGGCAUCGACUACAAGGAAUUCUACAACUUCCUCAAAGUCAUCGCGGAAAACCGGAUUUCCAUCCUGGAGAAGGGCCUGGAUGAGGAAUCCUCAUCCCAGAACAAUUCCAAAGCUGCCAUCUCCACCUUGGGAAUGCUGCACGCCGUGUUCGACCUGAAGAGGACGGUGAAGGUGCUGAGCUCGUUAAGCGCUAACGAGGAUUUCCGGAAGCUGGAUCUGACUUCCCUGUCCCCUCCUCCGGAGGCUCUGCUCCAGCACCUGGAAUCGGCCAUAGACACGGCCCUGCUCUGAAUUCCCACUUUUCCAAGAUUUUUUCCAAAGGGUUUGGAGGAAAUGGACUUGGGCAAGAGCUUUACUCCAGCGGGAGAUGGGAGAAUGAAAGGAGGGAGAACAUUCCCAAAGUUCCGAGUGGUUUGGAGGAAUUGGGGGAAAAAAACCAUCCCAGCCAAAGGAAAAUCCCAAACUUCCUUUAGGAUUGUGAGCAUCACUCAGGGAAAAAAUUCCCUAUGGAUCAUCUGGCGUUGGAAUGAUGCAAAUUCCCUGUGCUUAAGCUCAGCUUUGUUAAAACCUCUCCUACUUCCAGGUGCAGCUCAGCUUUUCCGUCCUUUUUUAGGGAAUUCCAGCUGGUGAAUUCCAUGGAAGCCUGAGCUGGAGCCUGGGUUUGGGAAUGUUGAUUCCGUGUCUUCCAAAGUGGGAUCUCCAAAGCCGAGAUGUUCAGGAUUAAAUUUAAUUCAGCUCCGAGCAAAACCUGCCUUGACUCAUCCCAAUAAAAAGCAGGAAUGGGAAUGUGCUCCCAAAAUUCCGCGCUCUAUCCCAAGGCCCAGAAUUCCCUCCAGAAAAGAUCAGGAAAGUUCUGAGUGGUUUGGAGGAAUCAGAGGAAAAAAAAACCAUCCCAGCUAAAGGAAAAUCCCAAUUUUUUUAGGAUUCUGAGCAGGCACUCAGGGAAAAAAUUCCUUGUGGAAUUUUUUGUGGAUCCAGCACCUCCCGCACGCUUCCACAGCACAAUUCCCACCCAGAAUAUUCCCAGUGGAACAUCCCCCUCCUGCUUUUCCUUGGAAAAAUCAAAAACCUGGAAGCACAAAUGGCUGCACACUGUUACCUUCAGGCCUCGCUUGAAUUCUUCCCGAAAUCAAAACCGAGAAAAACUUGGAAUUUCGGGAAGUUUUAGGAAGUCAAACUGAAAAUCUGCCUCGUUUUCCUUGAAUUCCUUGGAAUUUUUACCCCCCCCUGCACUUUGCAUGUUCUUUUCCAGUAGGAAUUUUGCAUUUUUUUUCUUCAUUCCCAAAAAUAUCAAGGAGCCGUUUUUCCUUAAUUUAGG